UUUGGCCUUUUCGGCAGUUCGGCGUUUUUAGUGCGAUUCCAACGUUUCACAUCGCUUGUUGUUCAUAAUCGUUGUCGUCGUCUUUUUCGUCGUCGUAUCCGUCACUGUUGCCGUCGCUUGCGUUUUGCGUCCGCAUCCGGUUCACGUUAUCAUCAAACAGUAAAACAGAAAAAACACCACAACAACUCGAGAAGAAACGAAAUCAGCUCAUACAAAAACAUUCCCAGUGUAAAAAAAACAACAACAAAUACCAAUGCAUUGAAAUCUCCGCAAGAGGAACAAAAGACCUACGCGAAUAACAUACACACAUCAAACUCAUGAAUUCACAUCAAAUAAAAGCAAAACGAAUGUGAUAUUUAUACAUAAUUUCAAAAAUUUACGCUUAAUGUGAUUGAAAGUGCAUCAGAACUCGUGAAAACACGAAAAAUCAAAAMUUCAUCGUUUAGAAAAAUAUAUUCAUCAGCAACGAGAAUCGCGAUAAACUCAUCAGUUUUACAAAAGCAAAAAACAUUUAAAAAUAAAAAUAAAAACUCAAACAUAUGUGUAUCUAUGUAAACGAAACGCUCGAAGCAUUCGCGAAUAAAUCCAUAACUCUCAGCGUGUGCGUACUAACAUAAAUACCUGCACGCAUACACACAUGUACAUUUAUGCGCAUAACGGUGUGUUCUACAAGUAUUSGCCAACAUCAGCUUCAUUCAAUGUGUAACAACUGCAUCCGCACCCCCCGCGCARCCAGCAUAAGCCAACACAACGCGCAUCUAUUUAUUUAGUACAACAACAACAUACAGCGAUUACAACUAUUUAAGCAUUCUCAUCGAACAUACCAAAUCGCAACUGACAUUUGACAUUUAAUACAGCGACCCAGGCAUCUAGCACCAACAACAAAAAACAUCGUCAUCGGCAACUGCGUUCAACGGCAGCCACAUUUCGAUACAUCGAUACAUACAGACAUCACAGCAAGUGUGCGAAUUGACACCUACUUGCCAAGGCGCRUACCCCAGGCCAGCCGAGUCAUUUAGUUACGUCACUGCAUCUGUCACCGCUCGCUAAUAGCGGCGCUUGAGCAAACGCRUCGCAUUGACUAGCGCUAAGUCAGUUAGUAAGUCAGUCAGUCAGUUGGCCUCAGCCUCAGUUCUCUGCAAAGACAGCAAGAAAGASUAAAAUAAGAACACGGUCACGUCGUUGGAGUGUAGCCGAGCGAAUUUUCGAGCGCUGAGCCAAUAAAGCCAGAGAGCACCAGCUGCAGACAACGAGAAGUGGAAAAAGUGUUUCUUUUGAACGUUUAAGAGAAAAAUAUAAAACAGCCAGAAUAAGUUUACGCAUACCCAUCUAAAGCGUAAUUGCUAGUGCAACAACCAACAACAACAACUACGUAUAUUGUUACAUAAAUAACUAAGAACAAAUAGUGAAAUGCGACAACAGCACAUAAGAGUCUAGCGAAGACACAAACCAUUGCGGGAAAAUUAAGUGAAAAUUGGCAACAGAGCAAGCCUCCAAGACACAGAAAUGCUCUAAAGAACACUGACUCCUAUUGAACAGGAAAUAAGAGAAAAAGUGAUUAAACUUAAUGCGAACAAUUUGAGGUAUUGCAACGGAGAAAUCUUCAGAAGUGAGCCACGUGGCAGAAAAGCACAAAAAAACUAAAAUAUAUAGAAAGAUUAAAAAAUAUCAAGCUAUCAACAUAAUUCCGGCCAUUUGCAGCAACCCUACGCCCAUUAAAAAAAAAUUAUAAAAAAMUUUGCAUAUAUUUAAUUGAAAGACUGAAAGCUCAGAGAAGCCACGGCAUUAGUACCUAUUAAACGCACACAUUCGCAUACGCAUAGAGCAAGCAAAAGGACACAUUUGUUGCUGUUACAGCACGCGCACAACAUGACCCAACCCAACUCACCUGCAACGCUACAGCAACAGUUGCAAGUGCAGGCGAACUGCAACGGCUCGGCAGAGAGCCUCAUGAGCAACGCYUUCGACUUGAUUGGCGGCGCAAGCGCCGCGCAGCAGUUCUUGAAUCACAUGGACUUGUAUGCGCAACAACAGCGCCAGCAACAACAACAGUURAACUAUCUGCAACAGCAGCAACAACAACAGUUGCAUUCACAAUCGUUGAUGGCCAAGUCACCGUCCACGUCGCCGACCAACUUCGGCAGUGGCGGCAGCAGCAACAGCAGCAGCCACAGCAACAUCACAAUUACCACCAAUAAUUUACAUACAAACUAUAAUCAACAACAUCACCAACAACAGCAACAGCAACAACAUGUCGCCGCAGCAGCAGCGGCAGCGGUGCAACAGCAUUUAGGCAAUAAGCAUUCCAUAUCGUUGACAUCAUCGCCAAUCACAUCACCAACCAAAUCGAUACUCACACAAGUGGCUGCGGCGGCCAGCAGUGUMGGUGCUGGUGCCGUUAGCGCCACCAGCACAGCAACCACGUCGCCGCCGUCAUCGUCGCCGCCAACCAUCCUAAAUAAUUUCAAUUCACAACACCAUUUUAAUCUGCAUCACAAUAAUCACCAGAUGGAUUUACAACAACAACAGCAGCAGCAACAACUGCAGCAGCAGCUACGUGAGCGCGAAGCGGCCAAUAGUGGCCUCAACAGCAACAACAACCAAACAAACAACAACAGUCCAAAUGGCGAACGCCUCUCGAAUGCCACCGCCAUGGGCACAAUCACGCCCACUGGCGGGCACAGCCCCAACGGUGGCGCACAUCAUCAGCUCCAACAGCAACAGCAACAGCAGCAGCAGCAGCAGCAGCAGCAGCAGCAGCACAACCACGCCCUGGUGCAACACCAGCAUCAUCAUCAUCAACACGGCAACAGCACAUCGCCGUUCAAGCCGCCCAGCUCAGCUUCCUGUUGGUGUUAUGGUGAGUCUGUUUGUUCGGGAAUUGAGGUUGAAAUUGAAAAUAAUAACAAUUUCUCUCAUGGCGACUCUUCCUACCACAUGAAGAUCCUAGUGCCUGCCGUGGCCUCCGGUGCCAUCAUAGGCAAGGGCGGCGAGACAAUCGCCUCUUUGCAGAAAGACUCAGGUGCUAGAGUUAAGAUGUCCAAGUCGCACGACUUCUAUCCAGGUACUACGGAGCGCGUUUGCCUCAUUACCGGCUCCGUGGAUGGCAUUAUGUCGGUUAUGGACUUCAUUAUGGAUAAAAUACGUGAGAAGCCCGAUCUUACCACUAAGAUUAUUGAUACUGACUCCAAACAGAAUCAGGAUCGUGAUAAGCAGGUGAAAAUUUUGGUGCCCAAUUCAACGGCUGGUAUGAUCAUCGGCAAGGGUGGUGCUUUCAUCAAGCAAAUCAAGGAGGAGAGCGGCUCGUAUGUGCAGAUUUCACAGAAACCAAAGGAUAUAUCGUUGCAGGAACGUUGCAUUACCAUUAUUGGCGAUAAGGAGAACAAUAAGGCCGCCUGCAAGAUGAUACUGUCCAAGAUUGUUGAGGAUCCACAGUCCGGUACAUGCCUUAAUGUCUCAUAUGCCGAUAUUAGUGGCCCAGUUGCCAAUUUCAAUCCAACUGGCUCACCGUAUGCCACCAACCAGAAUGCCAUAAAUACGAGUACCGCUUCGUUGAACUCGACUUUGGGUCAGAAUAUUGGCGGUGCAGCUACAGCUGCGGGUCUUUUAAUAAACGGUACCGGUAUUAAUUUAUCGCUAAACCUGAGCUCACCCAACCCAGCCCCGAACUUGGCGGUGGCCACACAAUUGCUUGAACACAUYAAGGUUGCACUACGCGGCUCCGGCUACUCAGAAACCGCUACCAACGAAGUGUGCGCCGCACUUGGCGUACUCGCCAAAUAUGGCGUUUUGGGCAUGGGCGUCGGUGUACCGCAUGCCAAUGGCACCACCACACUCGGCAGUUUUCUGGGUGUUACGACGUUGGAUCAGCAGACAGCUGCCGCCGCUUCAGCAGCUACUGCCAGUAAUGUUUUCGGUGCUGUGGGUCAAGUUAAUUUGGAACARUAUACAGCGGCAGCGGCUGCUGCUGCUGCAGCAGCUGCCAGCCGUCCGACGCAGUCGCAACUAGAAGCGGCCGCCGCCGCGCAAUUCGACCCUUUCCGUCAUUUGAGCACAUCAGCCACAGCGGCACAGGCCACCACACCGGUUUCGCUGAAUAACAACAGUUUCGGUUUGACUGCGGCCACCGGUACUACGUGCACAACGGCGCAGAGCCUGAGCGCCGCAACGCAUACGCUUAGCGGCUUGAGCAAGAGUCCCACACCGGGCGACCUGGGUGCUAAGGAUACCAAAAAUGUUGAAAUUCCAGAAGUGAUUGUUGGCGCUAUCUUAGGUCCAAAUGGUCGUAGUUUAGUUGAAAUUCAACAUGUUUCUGGCGCAAAUGUGCAAAUUUCAAAAAAGGGCAUAUUCGCACCGGGCACAAGAAAUCGAAUUGUAACAAUAACUGGUCAGCCGAAUGCCAUUGCCAAAGCGCAAUAUUUAAUUGAACAGAAAAUCACCGACGAGGAGACGAAGAGAGCGCGACAAAUUCCACUAACCACUGUUGUGAAUUAAAGCGAAAAACCAUUUACACAAAAUAAAAAUUAAAAAAAAAAACAAGAAAAAAAAACAUAAUAAUAAUAACUAAAAAACAACAACAUAAAAUAUAAUCGAAAGAACAUAUUUUAAGAGACAUUAAAAAUAAAAACAAAAAGCCUAUAAUAAUAAUGCAUACAGAAGAUAGAAAAACAACAACCAUAACCUUAAAAUUAAAACGAAAAGUUAUAAAAUUAUAAAAUAUGUAAAUAGAAAAAUAUUAAUUAAAAUGCUGAAGACGAAAAAUAGUUACAGUUGAGAAUUCAUACAGUUUAAAAUUUACAUCACAAAUUUAGAUGAAAGUUUUGAAAACACAAAAAAAUUUGCAGUCAAAACCGCGAAUGGUGGCAGCGUGCAAAAGCAACAAAACACAAACAAAUUUUAAAAUAAAUAGCGAAAUACAAAAAGMGAGCAUUAUAAAUGAGAAGUGAGGAGAGAAGCGGCGCGCUGCGUAUAUUGUAAUAUAUGAAAGUAGAGAUUUUAAAGCAAGAAAUUUAGGAACAAUUUAUAUACCACAUACGAAACCAAGCGMGCGCAUAGCACUUCAGAGAACAAUAACAAGCAAAACAAAAAUAACAACUGAAGUAAUUACAUARUGCAGCCAGAGCGAAACAAACAUAUACACAUACAUAUAGUGUAGCAAAUAAUUAGGCUGAGUUUUAUUAUAAUUUUUAAUAGCGAAAAUUUAACUAAUAAAAAGCAUAAAAAAGAAAGUAACAACAAACAAAAACAAAAGCAAACAUACACUGUUAAGUAAUGUUCACUUCGUUGAUUGUAGUUGGAAAAGUGCGAAAUAUUUACUUGCUGCAAAAUAAUUAAGCUAAAAGCAAUUAAGUUAGCGCUAGUGAGAAGCAAAAUGCAGGCAAG